UUAAAUACCUUAACAACACCAUCCAUGACAGCCCACACACACGCACACAACAGAAUUAAAUACCAAAGAAGCUCAUCUCUCAACUGAAGACAUGAAGCAUCCUUAUUCCUUUUACAUUCUGCUCUCGUCUCUGCUUUCUCAAUUACUCCAUUGUUGCUGCCAACAAGAAUACCUUAACAACACCAUCUAUGACUGCAGAUCUUCCAACUUCACACUAAAUGCCGGAUAUGAAUGCGGCGGCCGACGAAGUUCUUGCGCCUCGUUCGCAACAUUCAGAUCAAGAUCUCCUUACAACACCACUCUAAGCAUUGCCAAUCUUCUUGGCACCGAUGAACUUUCCAUAGUAUCCAUCAACAACAUCUCAAGCAGUACCCACAACAUUAUUCCUUCCAAUCAAGCCGUGAUUGUUCCUAUAAGUUGUCAAUGUUCAGGCAAUAUCUACCAGGAUGCCACUAGUUACACCAUACAACCAAAUGACACCUUCAGUAACAUGGUCAGAAGCACUUUUCAAGGCCUUGCUAGUUGCCAGAUGUUACUACGUCAAAAUUAUUACACCCCAGAAAAUCUUGCUGUGGGUGCCCAGAUUACAAUUCCAGUGUUAUGUGCUUGUCCCACUGAUGAACAAAUCUCAGAUGGGGUCUCCCACUUGCUAGUUCACACCCUUGAACAUGGGGAUACAAUACAGUCAGUCGCGGAGGCCUAUGGUGUGAAUCAACAGAGUCUGCUAGCUGCUAAUGAGUUGCCUUCAAAUGCCACUAUCUAUGCCUUCACCCCUAUUUUAGUUCCCCUCAAACCCACUGCUUGCAAACUCAAUCCACAUUUAUUUUACUGCACUUGUUCAUUCUACCAGAGAUACCGUCCAGAAAGUUUCAACACUCCUGAUUGUGAUUAUCUUCAAAAUGAUGCCCAUCGUUUCCCCGUAAAAUUGGUUGCUUCCGUAGGUGUUGGUGCUGGUGCUGGUUUUUUAACCCUAUUUAUUUUGGGUUACAAGUUACAUCAAUGGCUGAAACAGAAGCGAGAAAGAGUUCGAAAGGAAAAACUGUUCAGGCAAAAUGGUGGUCUCUUACUACAGGAAAAGAUAUCAAGUUACGGAAGAAGAGAGAAAGAAAAACAUUUCACCGCAGAAGAGCUGGAAAAAGCAACAGAUAACUACAAUCAAAGUAGGUUUCUUGGUCAAGGUGGGUUUGGAACUGUCUAUAAAGGAAUGUUACUAGAUGGUAGCAUUGUUGCAGUUAAGAAAUCAAAAGAAAUUGUGAGAAACCAGAUUGAGACUUUCAUUAAUGAAGUGGUCAUUUUAUCCCAAAUAAACCAUAGGAACAUCGUCAAACUUUUAGGUUGCUGUCUGGAGACUGAAGCCCCACUAUUAGUUUAUGAAUUUAUCCCGAACAGAACCCUUUCUCACCAUAUCCAUAACCAUGAACUUGAAAAAUAUCUUUCAUGGGCAGCCCGCCUUAGAAUUGCUUGUGAGGUUGCUGGGGCAGUGGCCUAUAUGCAUUCUGCAGCUUCUAUUCCCAUCUUCCAUAGAGACAUCAAAACUUCUAACAUACUCCUAGAUCAUAAUUUCAAUGUGAAAGUGUCUGAUUUUGGCACUUCCAGAUCAGUCCCGAAUGAUCAAACUCACUUAACCACAGUAGUACAAGGCACUUUUGGGUACAUUGAUCCUGAAUACUUCCAAUCUAGUCAAUUCACAGAUAAAAGUGAUGUAUAUAGCUUUGGGGUUGUGCGUGUGGAGCUCAUUACCGGAAGGAAACCCAUUACCUUCUCAGAAGAAAAUCAGGGUCAAAACCUUGUUGCAGAAUUCAUUUCUUUGAUGAAGAAGGAUCAAGUUUUUGAGAUUUUAGAUGCUAGAGUUGUUCGUGAAGGAAAGAAAGAAGAUCUUCUUGGGAUUGCAAAUCUUGCAUUGAGAUGCUUGAAACUCAGGAAGAAGAGACCCACAAUGAGAGAGGUUUCAACAGAGCUAGAGGCACUGAGGAAGACACAAAAUACCUUAAAGAUCACUGAAUGUUCUCUUGAGUUUCCACACGAUAGAAAAUUGGCUAAGCAUGCCACUCCUGAGUCUGACCAAGAAUCCACAGAAGAAAGCAUGCCAUUGUUUUUCGAAACAGACUCAACAAUGUCAACAUCCAUCCAAAAGUGAUGCAGACUCCCACAGCACUCUUUGUUUUAGUUUCUUGAGCAUUCCAUGUAGAUCAUGCCACUGACAAACUUCAAGAAAGUGCAGCAAGAAAGAAGAAACAGGAAAGUUUUCUUUUUCUUUGUUUUUUUUGAAAGGAGAUGAGUGAAAAGCAAGAUUGUAUUUCAUUGCUUUCAUGUAGAGUACAUGCUCAGAUAUUUAGUAAACAGUCUCAACUAAUUCUAGCUUUGCAAUGCUUGACCACCAA